CAUCUUCUCUCUUCCACUUCUUAUCUCUCUUCUUCCAUGCAAUGCCCUUCACAAACUGCAUUAAGUAGUAGUGCCACUUUAGUUUUUAUACACUACUUCAUCAGAAGAGAACAGGUUGACUAAGGUCCCGGUUCAGUACUUUUACUAUUCCCAAUCACUAGUGAAUGGGUUUAUCUUCUUUGCACGUUUGCAUGGAAUCAUCAGAUCAUUGGUUGCAGGGCACAAUUCACGAGGAGUCUGGAAUGGAUUCUUCUUCACCAUCUGGGGACAUGCUUACAUGUUCAAGGCCCAUGAUAGAGAGGAGGCUAAGACCACCACAUGACCAAGCUCUAAAAUGCCCAAGGUGUGACUCAACCCACACCAAGUUCUGCUACUACAACAACUACAGUCUCUCUCAGCCAAGGUACUUCUGCAAGACCUGCAGAAGGUACUGGACCAAAGGAGGCACUCUUAGGAACAUCCCAGUUGGAGGAGGUUGCAGAAAGAACAAAAAAGUCUCUGCCAAGAAGUCCAAUGAGCACCAAUUAGUUAACAAUCAAAUGAAUCAAGCUCAACCCCCACCCUCCUCCUACCAUCACAACCCAAAAGAUCUACAACUUUCUUUCCCAGAUGUGCAAUUUUCCCACCUCAGUAACCUGCUUGGGACUAGUGCAGGGGCAUUGGGAAACCCUAAUUUCAUGGAGAGCAAGUAUGGCAUUGGCAUGCUUGAGAACCCUAGGCCUAUUGACUUCAUGGAAAGCAAGUUGGACGGCAUAAUUGGGAGUAGCAGUUCUAGGAAUUUUGAUUUUUUUGGAAAUAGUGAUAUGGGUAUGGGUGUUGGGCUGGGAGACAUGCAUAGUACACAAAAUGGGUUGCCACCAAAUUUUCAUGGUCUUUGUUCCCCUGCAUUUGCGGGCAUGUCCCUUGAUAGCAACAACAAUAAUGGGGCUAAUUACUUAAUGGACUCUUGCCAGCGUUUGAUGCUGCCAUAUGAUCAUGCCAAUGUGGACCAUCAUGCCUCAAUUGAUGUGAAGCCAAACCCUAAACAACUAUUGUCCCUUGAAUGGCAAGACCAGGGUUGUUCUGAUGCAGGAAAAGAGUCUUUUGGGUAUCUUAAUGGUCCAGGAUCAUGGUCUGGCAUGAUGAACGGCUAUGGAUCUUCCACUACAAACCCUUUGGUCUAAAAGGCAAUUAAUCUCUCACAACUCAGUGAUGCAUCGAUGAUCAACGGCUAAGCUCUCCCUUGGCUUGGUUAAUUCGAUCAGUGACCUAAUCAAUGAUCACUUUGCCUAAAUAUAUUUUAUUUUAUAUAUUAUUAUUAUUAUUAUUAUUAUUAUAUAUACAUAAAGCCUUUUGAUGGGAGGGUUCCUCGUAUUUUCCUGUGUAGUGUUUU